AUCCACUGGGGUCCCCAGCUCCAGCGCGGGGGAUGCCAGGGGACAGCAUCGAGGAUCAAGGUACGUGUGGUCCCGAGCAGGAGGCAGUGGCCCCCCAGGCUUGGCACUGUUCUGCUUCUGUGGGGCAAGACCCCCAUCCCCAGAGCAGCUGCGGUUGGGGACCCCAGGGAUCCAGUGGGGACCCAGGGGGGACAGAAGUGCCAGGGCUGGGGACAAUCUGGGGUCCAGCAUCCCUGGAUAUGGGACUCACACAGGGUGACUGGGACUGGGCAUCGCCAUCUGGACACUGGUACCCACCAUACUGGGACACUGGGGCUGCCCGUUCACCCUGGCUGGGGUAAUGCAACACCCCCCCCCCUGUCCCAGCCUGACUCGGGGAGGAAUUUUCCAUUCCCGAAUGGAGGGUGGGGGAAGGCGUGUGUUUGCAGCAGCCCCCUUCUCUCCCUCCCCUCGCCCGUCACUGGAGCAGCUCGGGAAGGCGCCUGCCACAUCCGCCUCUGGCAAGGCGCAGAGCAAAAGCCUCCCGGGAGGGAGAGGUCCCUGGAGGGGACCGGGGACCCCAGGGGCAGCCUGCACCCCACUUUCCAGAGAAGCCGCCCUGCCUGCAGCCAUGCCGCUGCCCCUUGCCUGCUGCCGGGACGGGGAAGCCCUGACAGCAGCUCGGGAUGGCAGUGCUGCCCAGCUCACCAUCGGCGUCCUGCGAGCCACCAGGAUCCCAGGGCUGCACUACAUGUGCACCCGACCACAGUCCCGCCUGCGCCGCCUGCUCUGGAGCCUGGCCUUCCUGGCCUCCGCUGGGCUGCUGGCCACGGGCACCGCCGACCGCCUGCACCACCUGCUCUCGCACCCCGUGCACACCCGGGCACGCCUCGCCCAGGCCCCGCAGCUCCACUUCCCGGCCGUCACCCUCUGCAACCCCAACCGGGCACGCUUCCUGCACCUCACCAAGCCCGACCUCUACUCAGUGGGGCAGUGGUUGGGGCUGGCCCAGGAGAACCACUCGCUGGUGCCCGAGAUGCUGGCCGUGCUGGGGGAGGACCGGCGCGCGUGGCUGAUGCGUCUCGCCAACUACUCGCGCUUCUUGCCACCUCGCCGCUCCGAGCACACCAUGCAGAGCUUCUUCCACCGCCUGGGCCACCAGAUCGAGGACAUGCUGGUGGAGUGCCGCUUUGGGGGAGAGCGCUGUGGCCCCCAGCACUUCGCCCCCGUGAGUCCCUGCCUGGCAUGACUGCCCCAUGGAGGCUGGGAGUGAUGCUUCACCCCUCCACAGCAAGGGCAGAGGGGUGGCAGUGAGAGGCUUAGAUGAGCCCUUUCAAGGGCCACGCAAGACUGUUGCCCCCUUCCAGCACCACCAUGGGGUUGGAAAGGGUCCCUGGACCUCACCGGGCUUGCAGAAUGCCUGCUCCAUCACCACCCCUUUCUCC